GCAUUGUGGGUGCUCGUAGAUGCUAUCCAACCGAACAUCGAACAUUCCAGGUCAUGCGUUUAUCGGAGAUUAGAAAAUCAGCAAGACAUAUAUCAGGAUGGUCGACUCCUCUAACUGUGGGAAAUUGUUUCUGGCAAUUAUCGUAGCCGUACUUUUACUGUGUUCCGAUGCAGUUCAGGCUAAAUCUCGUGUCCCAAUUACCGACACUGAGAUUCGACAGAAGAAAAACGAUUGCUAUGAAGACAUCGAGAGUGGAUUAUGGGGUCAGCAAUGCAAGUCUUCAACUAUAGCUAAGGAAAAUUGUGCUUUACGAUGUCUGUCACCAGUUUGUUAUGAGCUCAUCUACGAAAGUGAUCCGUUGGAAGAAGGGGAAAAGGACUUCACUAGGAGUUCAGAGUACAAGUACUGCAUGCACAGUUUAUGUCUAAACCAAAAGAAUGUAUUCGACUAUUCGGUUGCCAUUCUUCUAGCUUUCUCCAGGGUUUCCCUUGGAGAAAGCGUAGAUGGUAUUAGAGGUUCCUUUAAUGUCUAGUAUCUUAUAAGUUACAAGUAGAAGUGCAUCUCUGGGCAGAAACUGAAAAACUAAUUAUCAGCAUAACUACCCAAGAGCUCAAAUCAUACAAUCAUUCCGAGAAAGCUAUCCGACACGAGGAUGCUCAUAAGGGUGUAAAAGGUUAUUCUAUAAUAGUGUUGCAAAUAAUGCAGUGUUUGCUCUUAGUUUCAUAUAAUACGUCCAUGGUUCAUGUAAACUUAAUGCGCGUUAAUAUGCCGACUGGAACAAAUGUGUUUGAUACGUUUAAUGCCAUCCUUUUUUUCAUAGCUUCUGAUUGACAGUUUCAGCCCUUGGUAAACCUACAUUGUUAUUGGCUUGUUUUUCAUGCAUUUUGUCUCGAGUUAAGUUACAAUGUUGCAAUUCAUCACGAUUUAAGUUACAAUGUAUAAUAC